GCAAUUAAUGACGAGAUGAGCUUGGAGGAGUUUCUGGUAAAAGCUGGGGUAGCAAGGAACGAGAGGCCGCACGGAUCAUCAGCGAAAAACCAGAGGGCGCCUCAAUCAUCAGCAAAAACUGAUAACGAGAUGAGCUUGGAGGAGUUUCUAGUUGAAGACGGGUUAGCGAGUAACAAGAAGGCAAAUUCAUUAGGAAGUAACGAGAGGGCAAAUUCAUUAGGAAGCAUGGGCUUGGAGGAGUUUCUGGUUAGAGCUGGUGUUGUCCGUGAUAGGGCUCGGUACGAUGUGUUCUUGAGUUUCAGAGGGAAAGAUACUCGGUCAUCUUUCAUUUCUCAUCUCUACUCCUUUUUUAGCAAUGCUGGAAUUGUUGUUUUCAAAGAUGAUGCAAACCUUCCUAGGGGUAAUAGUAUCUCAGUCGAAUUGCCGCUUGGAAUUGAAUGUUCUACAAUUUCGAUCAUUAUCUUCUCCAAAGAUUAUGCUGGUUCUAGAUGGUGCCUCAACGAGCUCUCAAAAAUCAUGGAGCUUCACAGAGCACAGGGUCGGGUAGCUCUGCCUGUGUUCUAUGGCGUAGAUCCGACCCAAGUUCGUAAUCAAAGCUCCAGUUUUGGAGAUGCAUUUCGUGAGCUUAUACAAAGAAGUUCACCCACAGAAGAUGAAGUGUCGAGGUGGAGGACAGAUCUCCGUGAAGCUGGGGGCAUUGCAGGGUUUGUUGUGCUCAACUCCAAGGAUGAAAGUGAGGAUAUCAAGAAUAUCGUUAAGCAUGUUUGUAAAAUAUUGGACAAGAAAGACUUGUUUAUUGCUAACCAUCCUGUUGGAGUGGACUCUCGUUUGAAAGAUUUGAUUAAAAUAUCAGAAAGCUAUUCAAUUAAUGAUGUUCUCCUGCUAGGGAUAUGGGGGAUGGGGGGCAUCGGUAAAACAACCAUUGCCAAAGCCAUUUAUAAUGAAAUUGGUCGAAAAUUUGAGAGCAGAAGUUUUUUGUCAAACAUUAGGGAAGUUUGGGAGCAAGAUUCUGGUCCAGUUAACUUACAGCAACAGCUUCUUUCAGAAAUCUGUAGAACAACAAUGAUGGUGAUACCUAGCAUUGAUUCAGGAAAAAUCAUAUUAAAGGAAUAUCUUUGCCAUAAGAGAGCACUUGUUGUACUUGAUGAUGUGAAUGAAGUUGCACAACUAAAUGCUUUAUUUGGAAGUCGUGAAUGCUUUGGUCCGGGAAGCAGAAUAAUUAUCACUACUAGAGAUAAGCAUAUGCUCAAACUCCUUAGAGUGGAUCAUGUAUAUGAAAUAAAGAACAUGGACAAAAUAGAAUCUAUUGAGCUUUUUAGUUGGCAUGCAUUUAAGCAACCAAGUCCUAAAAAGGGAUUCAUUGACUUUUCUAGAAAUAUAGUUGCUUAUUCUGGAGGACUACCACUAGCCCUUGAAAUCCUCGGCUCCUAUUUAUUUGAUAGGAAAGAGGAAGAGUGGAGAAGUGUACUAGAGAAACUAAAAAGAAUCCCCGAAAAUGAGAUACAAAAGAAGCUAAAAAUAAGCUUUGAUGGUUUAAGCGAUGAUACGGUGAAAGAAAUCUUCCUUGAUAUAUCUUGCUUCUUUAUUGGGAUGGAUAGGAGUGAUGUCACGCAGAUAUUGGAUGGUAGUGGACUUUUUCCGCACAUUGGAAUAAGUGUCCUUGUGGAGCGAAGCCUAGUAACUGUUGAUGAGAAGAACAAGCUUGGCAUGCAUGAUUUGCUGCGAGAUAUGGGGAGAGAGAUCAUCCGAGAACAAUCACCAAAGGAGCUUGGAAAGCGUACUAGGUUAUGGUUCCAUGAAGAUGCAUUUGAUGUAUUAUCAAAACAUACUGGUACAGAAUUUGUCGAGGGGCUAGCUUUGAGUUUGUCACAAACUGAUAGAGAUUAUUUUUCUACCAAGGCGUUUAAGCAGAUGAAGACACUUAGAUUACUCCGCCUUGGUAAUGUGGAACUUGAUGGAGACUUUAAAUACAUGAGCAGAGAUCUCAGAUGGCUUUAUUGGCUUGGCUUUCCUUUGAAAUACAUCCCUGCCAACUUUUAUCAGAAAAAUUUAGUUUCUAUUGAGUUGAAGUACAGUAGCCUUAAACAAGUUUGGAGGGAGCCCCAGUUAUUGGAGAGGCUAAAAAUCCUUAAUUUGAGUCACUCCCUUUUUUUGGUGCAGACUCCUGACUUCUCAAAACUACCGAAUCUUGAAAAGUUGAUUCUUAAAAAUUGUCCAAAUUUGUCCAAGGUUCAUCCUACCAUCAGUCAUGCCAAUAAACUCAUUUUAAUAAAUUUGAAGGAUUGUACUAGCCUUCGCACUCUCCCAAGAAGUAUUUAUAAUUUAAAAUCACUGAAAACUCUUAUUCUGUCUGGUUGUGCGAGGAUUGAAAAAUUAGAAGAAGAUAUAGAGCAAAUGGAUUCCUUGACAACUCUGAUUGCUGACAACACUGCAAUAACAGAAGUGCCUUUAUCUUUAGUGAGGCUAAAAAGUGUUGGAUAUAUAUCUCUUUGUGGCUACAGGGGAUUAUCACGUGAUGUGUUUCCUUCUCUCAUUUGGUCACGGAUGUCCCCAGUAAAUAAUCCUUUAUCUCUUAUUCCAUCAUAUGUGGUCAUGCCAAUUUCCUUGGAUAUAUUGAAUAGCAAUGUCCCUAGUCCUUCAUCUGUCUAUAAUAACCUCGCAAAGCUACGAAGCCUUUUGUUGGGAAUCAUAUCAGAGAAUGACCCUGAAGUAAUUCGAGGUGCUGCAAAAAUUUGGGAAUCCUUUCAUGCCAGAAUUUGCAUGGACAUGGCAACAAUACCAAAUACUUCAAAAAUCUUUGAGAUUGAAUCUUCUGUGUUAACUGGUCAUCAUAGUCAGGUUCACAUCUCAAGAUCAGAAAAUUUUUUGAGGCAUCUUCUAAUUCAAAUUGGAAAGAAUGACCAAGUCACUGCUACUCUUCUGGAGAAUAUCUCACAGGGAUUGACUCCCAGGAAUUAUAGUGAUGCAUAUGUCCUUCCUGGCGACAAUUACCCCUAUUGGCAAUGUUUUAAGGGUGAAAGAGCUUCUGUGAAGUUUAAAGUGCCUCGGAUUAGCGGUCAUGAUUUGAAAGGGAUGAUUAUUUGCUGUGCAUAUUUCCCUUCAAGUGAUUUGAGUAAGAAGGCAUGUGAAUCUUGUGUUAGUGUAAUGAUCAUAAAUUAUACAAAGACAACCACUCUGUGCUACAGGCAAGAUUCACUGACUUCAUUUGAAGAAGCUGAGUGGAAGAAAAUAAUAUCAAAUCUAGACUCAGAUGACCAAGUGGAGGUGAUGGUAGUUUUUGGUAAUGGAUUCACUGUGAAAAGGACAACAAUCUACUUAAAAUACGACGAGUCAUUUGAUGAACAGAUAGAGCAUCCACCAUUACCAAGUAGAGAAGUUGAGAAGAAGAACAUGCAGACUUAUGUUAGAAGGAGGAAGCGACAAAAGAUUAAUUAGUAAUUCUUUAGUAGUUCUUUUCUUUUUAAUUCCUUAUUUUGCCAUUGCAUAAUUUGUAUUAUUGUUUAAGAGAUUUUAAGAGUCAAAUAAAUAUCUAUAUUGUCGUUA